CCUAAUUUGGGGAAGCGAGAGCGAGGGCGAGAGGGAGGGAUAGCGCUCGCGGAAUCGCAAUGUCUGGCGCGAUCGACAAUUGGGGCGGCGACAAGGGCAAUGCGGUGGAGGCGCGGCGCAAGCAGCCCAAGCAUCUGUGGCGGAUGAAGAACAACCAGGUCGGUAGCAGGCUCCAGGGGAGAUUGGCGUACGAGCCGCCGCGGCUGAGCGAUCUCCAGCACCAGAAUCGCGUCAAGGCGCGGAAAUACUUCCCAAAGAAGAAGUCCGCGCAGUCCCAGGCACAGGAGCACCCUCACGCCCCAAGAAACACGACCUCUUUCAUCAUGCGCGCCAAAUGCUCCGGAGGGAUCGCUCCCCCGACUCCGUCCACGCCGGCUGUGAUCUCCACCCCGGAUCUCUCCGGCGUGGCGUCGUAUCGCGAGGGGAUCACCGAGGAAGUGAACAAGGAAUGGGGUGUCAAUGGCUAUGGCUCGAUGAAUGGUCUCAUCCGGCUCAAGGAGGACAGGAUCGACGACUCGGACAGCGAGAGCGACGUGGAUCAAGGCGUGCAAUCCGUCCAGCAGCUAGAGCAGCGCCUCGAUCAGGACCUCAACCGGUUUGAGAUCCUCUACACGCCAGGAGCUGGCGAUCAGGAUAACUUCUCGCUGGCUGGGAUGCAACUCCACGAUCAAGAGAACCAUAUUGCGCAUCUGGAAGAGGAGAACUUGACGCUCAAGGAGCGGAUCUACAUCCUGGAGCAGCAGCUGGACGAGCUCAAGCAAAAGUUGGCGCAGCAGCAGAAUAGCGAGAGCGUGGACGAGAUGGAAGUUUGCUCCAGCGAUGGAGCGACGUGAAGAGGCCUCUUUCCUUUCGGGAUUUCGACUCCUCGAUGGGAAGCGAUCGAGAAUCGAGAAUCGAGAAGGGUGGUGACGAUCCGGCAGGGAACGAACGAACGUUACGCAGCUUUUGAUGGUACUUAACCUUGUAAGCUUUUUAAGUAUGUGUCUACUAAGUUACUCUCUGUACAGCUCUGAUCCAUCCAUCCGAGAUUAAUUGCUUGCAGGUGGUUCGAUUCUGUCUCCAAAAAAUCUUAUUGCUUGAUCUCUCGCAAGCUCUAUCGAAGCAGACAAAACUCCGACUUUGCUCUCUCCUGGACUAUAAAGACGAAUCGCAUUAAGACGAUACGUAUCAGUCAUGAAUCGAGAGACCACGAGAAAGGUCUUGCGUAUAUUUCUUGUUGAUUUUCCUUGUUUAAACUUCUCUUUCGACGUC